GUUCCCUUCUCACCAUCAAAAUAACGCUCAUUCUAUCUACAAUUUUAUCUUUUGUUCAGACGACAUGGCAACUACACAAGAAACUUCAGUCAUCAUCGUCGGCGGUAGCCUCGUCGGCCUCUCAACAGCCCUCUUCCUCUCCCAUCUCAACAUCCCCACAAUUCUCAUUGAGCGUCACCCUAGUAGCUCCCUUCACCCUCGUGCCAUUGGCUACACUGCCCGAACAGUUGAACUCUUCCGUACCGUUGGCGUGGAGUCGAAACUCAAAGGCAUUCAAUGGUCAGGCGGUCCACCCCGGCGUAUCGUUGUUGAGAGUCUUGCCGGCAGGUGGACGAAGGAGCAAGGCUGGACGCAGAAACCCAAAGGUGGACCGCCUGUUUCGUUUUCGGAGUAUUCUCCUACUGAAGGUGUUGCUAUCGCUCAAGAUGUCAUUGAACCUGUUUUGAGAGAUCGCGCGAGGGAGCUUGGUGCGGAUCUUAGACUGGGCUUUACUGUUACGGGCUGGAGUCAAGAUGGUGCAGGUGUUACAGUCAAUGCUACUGGAAGUGGCGGUGAAGAAAUCCAUGUCAAGGCAAGUUACAUGGUCGCAUGCGAUGGCAACCGCAGCCGUAUUCGGGAAAGUCUCGGUAUCCAACGUCAUGGCGUUGGUCUUCUUCGCAAGCUCCAGAGCAUCAUGUUCAGAUGCGAGCCUCUUCAACAUUUCCUCGACCACGGUUACAGUCAAUUCCAGAUUGAAGGUGGCGAAGAUGGUUUAGAGGCUUUCAUGACCACUUAUGGUGGCGGGCGAUGGAUGCUAGCUUGGAAUCAAGAGGUCGACGACCCUGAAGCUGUUCUAGAUGACGCGACCCAGCGCGACAUGAUCCGCAAGGCUUCUGGUGUACAGGAUCUCCGCGAUGAGGGCAUUAAACUCAUUACUACUGGUAAAUGGGACAUCGGUGGUCUCAUUGCGGAUAAGUUCUCUUCUGGUCGUAUCUUCCUUGCUGGCGAUGCAGCUCAUGCCCUCCCUCCAAACCGUGGUGGUUACGGAGCAAACACCGGCAUAGCCGAUGCACAUAACCUUGCAUGGAAGCUCGCAUCAGUGCUUCGCGGCGAAUCAUCGCCAGAGCUUCUUGAUACGUAUGACGUUGAGAGACGACCUGUCGCAGAUGUCCGGCAUGACCAGAUCUUUGCAAGGGAGGACUACAAGCGAUACGUCGUCGACAAGGAAUGGCCUGGAAAGGAUGUCGAGGUCAUGGAUGAUGCCGCGAUUGAGUUCGGCUAUUUCUACAACUCAAAGGGUAUCAUCGGUGGUCCUGGUGGAUCUGUUCCCGUGAAGAGACCAGAUGAGUGGAACGGACAACCAGGUACUCGAGCACCUCAUGUCGCUUUGCAGGGAGAUCAAGAUUCAACGCUAGACUUUUUCGGUACAUCCUGGGUCGUUAUCUCAAAGGACAAGAACUGGCGCCAGCUUGUCGCAGAGGCAUCUAAAGCGACCGACGUAAAGAUCACGUUUGUGCAUAUUGGAAGCAGUGUUGCUGAGAAGAAUGAGGGGGACUUCGAUACAUUGUUUGGUUUGGAGGCCAGCGGCGCUUCUUUGGUUCGACCAGAUGGUUUCAUUGCUUGGAGAACGAAGAACCGACCGGCUGAACCACAGGACGACUUGACGCAGGCGGUGGCCCAGAUUUCAUUCUCACCGAAGCACACGAGGGGGUAACAGUGAAGGUUCGUGGUUUUAGUUCAGCACUUUAUGCUUAAGCUUAGGCUUUUAGGGCAAAGAGUAAUAGUAGGUCAAUUGUUACAGAUAGAAUUCCUGAUUCCUGACUAUGCACAAGGACACUCCACGUCCGAAAGAACAAAAC